AUGAAUGAAGAUCAAAUUCAAGUGACACUGAUUCGUUCUUGUGGUAACUCGUCGGAUUCUGAAGGCUUUACGAUUUAUGAGGGAGCUACGCGUGACCAUGCUAUCUAUAGUCAGACUACUUGUGCUGCUGGUGUAGUGAACCUGUACAUCACUCGCGGUCUCUACACGAUUGUGAUGACGAAUUCGAAUGAACAGGUUUGGGCUGAGAAUUCGAUGGUUCGUAUUUUCUACGGCAGUUUGCUUGGAUCGUACAGGAAGGUUGUUGUGGGUGCUGAAGAGUCUGCAGUGUUUGCUCUUCCUGAAGUGAUUGAGGCUGGAGCUGCUUGGAAAUACUCUUCGGAGACCAUGGUGGGCACGAGCUGGACCACGGAGAAUGUGGAUUGGAGCUUGAUCUCGGAGUACCCGGCUAUUUCUUCGAUCACGCGUUACUUCCGUCAGAGCUACACGUUGUUUGGAGCUGGAUUCCGAUCUGUGAUCAUCCAGGUGAAGACGAACGGUGGCUUUGUGUUCUAUGUGAACGGAGUCGAGGCUUCUCGCUUCAACUUGCCCGCUGGAGAGAUUACUGCAACGACGCAGGCUACCGAACUGAAGGAGAGCAAUGUGUACCGCAUUCUCCGGCUGUCCCUGGACGCUUAUUCUGCUGUGAAUGGUGUGUAUGAAUUCGCUGUGGAAAUGCACGCUGCUGAGGGUCAGAUUGGCGAGGCCGAGCACUUCGAGUGCUCUGUGGAGUUCACGAUCUAUGAGCAAUCGCUGGUUGCAAAUGGAAUAGCUCAAUCGAACAAGGCCGGUAUGGCUGCUCAUUCGGUUGAGAACCUGUUCGAUGCCUCGAUUUCUACCAAAUAUCGCGUCACUGUGACGAGCUCCGAUUUCCCUGUGGAAGUGACCUACACAUUCCCCGAGGGCGAUGAAUACACGAUGAAUAAGUAUGUGCUUACUAACGGCGAUUCAAUAUCUGCGGCUUGCAACACGUGGAAGAUCUUCGGUAGAAAGAACAAAGAUAACGACGAAUGGGUGAUGUUGGAUAGCCAAGAUAAUGUGGAAUGGAGCGAAGCAAAUGAAUCUCUGAGCUUCACUGUAAACAAUGUGAAUGCAUUCAAUGCCUACAUGUUCCAAUGUAGCUCAGUUGUGAAUAUCGAUGGUGAGUAUAAUGGAAAUCAGCUAGAUAUGGCUGAAUGGAUUCUAAGAAUUGUGUAG